CAAAACCGAAAUUUCAAUUCAAUUCAAUCCAAACUCAUAAUAAAAUAAAAUAAAACAAAACAAUGGCUUCAUCUCUCCACCUCCGCAAAAUCCCCUCCACAAGCUUCAUCCGCACCUCCAUCCGCCCAUUCCACCAAACCGCCCCACGCCUUAUUCCCGCCAUCAAAAAAGAAGGCGAUUCAAAACCACAGCAGCAACCGAAAAACGGGACCGUGCCACAGCCCAAAAUCUCCAAUCUCAGCAUGCCCGGCGUCAACAAGUCGGAGGACCUUACCGAGGAGCAGAAGGAAGAAGUGCGGCAGCACAACAAGGACUUUGACAAGAAAUUCGAUCAUGGCCACACCGCGCCAGACGACAAGGUAGACAAGAAGUUCUGGGAAGGGAGCGCAGGUAGCAAGGAAUGAUGCGCAUCAACUCAAUUUCCGGACAUGUAUUUUAUAGCUGCAAGAGCACAAGAGGGCCGCAAGGAUAGUGUAAACGGUGUUACGACAUGAACACAUAGGCUUUUUUGGGAAUUUCCACACAUGGCGAAAGGUUGCGACAUUUGGUGGCGCUUGCAACCAUACACGACAGCACGCCUAGUGCAAGACACGCGUUUGACAUUCAAUGAUGAUGAUGAUGAUGGAAUUGCCAUUACACUCUUUUCGGGCUCAAUGGCAGCUCCUUGAGAGCAAUGGAUAGGUCUAAUAUCAAUAGAUAUGGGAAAUUGUAAACAAAUCUCUUGAAUAUUGGUGACAGAUACUCCAUAUGACAGGUUUAUCAGCUCAUAGCUGCGUAAAUUUUCCAAACAUCUGCGGCUAAUGCGGUGAGAGAACAUGCCGCACGCUAUCGCUGACAACCCCCAAACGCGAGCAACGCUCUCUAAUGCAACGGGUUCAGUAUCAAUAGAGCGGUCACUCCUCCAUCAGACUUUAGGUUGGUUAGUGCGUCCCACAAGCGGCACGGAAUCAAGAGCGGUGAUUCUAUGCGACUUGUUAUAUCAACCUCCUAAUCCCACGAAUCUAUGAAAUACAGCCAACACAUAACGGACUAGGGAAGAGGUAGACCUCAUCAAGUCAGUCUUUUCUUUUGUUGAAGCAAUGGGGAGAGCUAGAUGCGGUAGCUAUAAUGCCACUCCUGUUGCCGACGUCGAUUC